AUGUGCAGCAGUCUUUGUUUGUUCCUUGUCAUAGUGUUCCUCAAGGAGCAGAUAAGAACGCACCGAGAGGAACGUAUGGGGGGGCUGCUUCGCCGUGAUCGCCGGGAUGGCGUGGCGAUACUUCCAGCUCAGGCUACGCAGCAUAUUGAGGACUUGGCUUGUGUCGCGCACGGGCUGGCCAACAUCACGGAGGGCGUCGGCAAGGUGUUUCAGGCGGCCGGUGUACUGAGUAAUGUCCAUGUCGCCUUGGACAAGAUUGCGAAACUCAGCUUCAAGGUACACGGCGCGAUGGAGUUCAUUGUCACGGAACUAGGAAUGGAUGCCGGUCCAGAUGAGGUGUGCGGUGGGUUGUGGAACGCGCACGAUGGCAAGCACGUCCUUGGAAACAGAAUUGUAAAGCCAGCUCAAGAUGCACUGGUCAUGGAGGCGCCAGUCCGGAUCACGGCGUUGCGCCGGAGUGGGUGGGGAGGAGAGGUGGGAUUCAAGACCAAAUUUCCCGAUGAAUGCAUCAAAGAAACAACGCCAUUCAUCGUAAUUCGGCUCGACAAGAUCAAGAACAACAGGAACAUGGGAUUUGGUGUUUACUGUUUGGAGGACGGCAGUGGAUGGAGGAGCGACGUGAGGAGCAUCGUCCUUGACGGAGGACGCAUCAGAGGAAUCGGCGUGAAGACUGGACAGGUGAACACCGAAGAGGGGGUUGUCUUCCAGGGAGGGCAUGGUUAUGAAGGGAGGGCAUUGUGGGCUGCAGAGAAGCUCACCGGGUGGUUCAGGGAGGUGGCGAGGCAAUCCGCUGAUCCGCUGCUGCUCGGAGGAGUCGGAGCUCCUUCUACGUCGCCAGCGACUGGGAGCCGUUUUAGGCCAGCGCCAGUGAGAAUGCUGGCCGUGGCCUGGCCCCCCGCUGUCUCUGAAGACACGGUGGAGGCUAGUGCCACAGCCAUGGAAGAUGAAGACGAAGAUGAGAGGCUGCGGAGCCUCCCUGGUGAUGACGAAGACGACGACAUGGGCGAAGACGACCUAGAAGAGCUCUUCGGCCGUGGAGCUCGAGCUGGCGCAGAACUCUCUGAAAAACUGAAGAAUCGUGUCCGAGCUUUCACCGGAGCUUUCGUGGUCAUGAUUUCCCCUGUGCUCCUUGCCAUCGUGCUCAAGAAAGUCAACUUAACUGGCGCCGGGAAGUACCAGGGGAGGAUACGAGCGCUGGGAGCAUUCAUCGAUCUCCUUCAACGAAGGUUCGCCCACCUCGCAGCCGUCACUCUACAGAUGGGCAUAAUGCCCUUCCUGUGCGUGAUGAUCUCAGAAGCAUGCGCCAGCUGGCCGCCCCUCAGUUACGUCGCCCCAAGGCUGGUCGCUGCGUCCAAGGUGCUGGUGUUCCUCUCCAACUUCUUGCUCAUGGCCCUGGGCUGCGGGAUCCUACUUCUCUUCCACAAGAACGCCCUGCUAGUACUCACGUUCUGCUCCGUCAUGGCGGUCGGUGUCGUUGCCGUGCACAUCUGGUACAUCUGCUGCUGCGUCGUCGAUGAUGCCGGGGACGAUGCCACCCAAGGCGACGCGGAGGCGGAGUACCACAGUAAGCUGGAGCACCUGCUUGAGCUGUCGGCCGGAAAAACCGUCAUGAUGUUCCUGGUGCUAGAAUUCGUGGCACUGGAAGGCCUGCUGAGAAACACUCGUCAGGGGCAGGCUCCUGGCCCAGUCAAAGGGCAGGAGACGUUCCUUGGUGCCGCCUUGCUCAUCAGUUUCGUGGCCAGCGCGCUGGGCGUCUCCCUCAUGAACGUGUGGACGACCCCCCAUGUCAUCAGCGGCUGCGUUGUCUUGACCGCCGAGUUUAUGAGGGGCCUGAAUUUCGUCAUGCAGGCUCUGCCGAUCACGGCCGUGGUGGUCUUGAUCACGUUGGAUGUGCUUCCACACCCAUGGAAAUUGGCGGUGUUCCUGCCGCUCUUCCCUCCUGUCAUAGUGCUUCUGGUGUUGCUAGCGCGUUACCACAGGGACGUGAUGAAGCGGCAGGGGCCAGCAGCAGCAGGGCAACAAGGACCAGCAGCAGGCAGUACAUCAUCCAGUUCAUCAGCAGGGCAACAGGGAUCAGCAACAGGCAGCAGCACAUCAUCCGAUUCAUCAUCAGAUGAAAAUAAGCCUAAGCCGGCCUCGUUGGAAUUGACCAAGGUGGCAUUUACGGGCUUCUUGGCCGUGGCAGUACCCAGCGUGACCAGUGCUGCUGUGUGCGUCCCGUCCAUAUUUUUUGUGUUGUUUAGUGCAGCAACCGUUCACCUGGGCCUCUUAUGGAGGCUCCUCACGCACGAGGCUGAACCACCCUCGUAUGUGCUCAAAGCUGCCAACCAUGCUUCCUUCUCCGCGCAUAUGUCCAUUUUCUUGGCCGGGAUUGCAUUCUGGGUCAUGGCUGCCUUGGCUGUUCAUUAA